AUGGAUGAUUACACAAAAGUAGAGAAGAUUGGUGAAGGUACCUAUGGUGUUGUGUAUAAAGGUCGUCACAAAGUCACAGGCCAAGUGGUUGCAAUGAAGAAAAUACGUCUAGAAAGUGAAGAGGAAGGUGUUCCAAGUACUGCUAUCCGAGAAAUUUCUUUGUUAAAAGAGCUGAAUCAUCCCAAUAUAGUCCGUCUUCAGGAUGUUAUUACACAUGAUUCAAGACUGUACCUGAUUUUUGAGUUUCUUUCCAUGGAUCUCAAGAAAUACUUGGAUAGUAUUCCAUCUGGCCACUAUUUGGAGCGUUCACGUGUUAAGAGUUACCUCUACCAAAUCUUGCAAGGUAUUGUCUUCUGCCACUCAAGAAGAGUUCUGCACAGAGACUUGAAACCUCAGAAUCUCUUGAUAGAUGAUAAAGGGGUGAUUAAACUAGCAGACUUUGGAUUGGCUCGAGCCUUUGGAAUUCCAGUGCGGGUCUACACUCAUGAAGUAGUGACACUGUGGUACAGGUCUCCAGAGGUGUUGCUGGGAUCAUCUCGUUACUCUACUCCUGUAGAUAUGUGGAGCAUAGGUACCAUAUUUGCUGAACUGGCAACUAAAAAGCCACUUUUCCAUGGGGAUUCAGAAAUUGACCAGAUCUUCAGAAUCUUCAGAGCUUUAGGGACACCCAACAAUGAGGUAUGGCCUGAAGUGGAAUCCCUGCAAGACUAUAAAAAUACCUUCCCAAAAUGGAAACCUGUCAGCCUUGAAACACACGUGAAAAACCUGGACGAAGACGGACUCGAUUUGCUGGCUAAAAUGUUAAUUUAUGAUCCUGCAAAAAGAAUUUCUGGCAAAAAGGCCUUGAACCAUCCAUAUUUUGAUGACUUGGACAAAUCUACUCUUCCUGCUAACCUGAUUAAGACAUACUAGGCCUUUUGACUAAAUCAUCCAGAUUGAAAUAAUUGUGGUGACUUAAAUCUGUCUGUAAUUUGUAUGUCUGUCUGUCUGCUCUGAAACUGUCUCUGUAUUCAGUUUCUCAUUUGAGUGUUACCUAAAUGUAAAUAUUAACCUUUUAGCACCGAGUUCAAACACAAUGCAAAUAUUGCUGCAAUUAAUGCAGUCAACUUUCUAUAAAUAAAG